AUGCUCUCUCGUCUUCCACAUGAAGUUCGCCUCAAGAUCUUUCACCUUGUCUUUGCCCAGUCCGGGUGCCGAGAGGUCAUCAGAGUGGAGGACACGGCAGAAGGGAUCAGAUACAAGUUUACCGACAAAUACCAUGAGCGCGAUUACUCGGGGGCUGUUUGGUGCCUCGAUGCUGCCGUCGUAGGAUCGGGUGUUGCUGCCGCCGCUGCGGAAGCACUUUACCAGUCGAAAAUCAUGUUUGGUGUUGACGCCAAAGUGCUUUGUACUUUCCUCCAGAGCUGCCCUUUCUCGCUUGUAGUGGAGCCCGGCAAGUACAUAAAGAUGCUCCUUCUCUACAUGGAUGAAGAUCCGAAUUUCAUCGGGGACGGAGUAGAUGGACAAGCUUUACGCAAGGCGGAUUGGGUCGACUUGGUAUCGGACGCCGGCAACGAUAGAACUACAAGAUCAGGAAACCGGACUCAGCUCAUGCGACAGUGCUGGAGAGCUAUUCUAAACAUGCCUAAGCUGAUACGCUUCGAAUUCUGUAUAAUGCCUUCACGAGGCAAGGCUUCCGCGGACGACAUUCAGCACUGGGAGAUAAGGGACAUCAUUCCAAUGCACUUCAGACUGUUCUGCAAGCACAUUGAUACCUCGAUCUACUUCCGCACCUGGGAACUUUACCAAGAGCCGACGAGCAAUGCAUUCGAAAAAUGGUACUACCAGACUAUACAUGAUAACGUUGAUGAUGAUGGCUUUUACUCAUCACAAUUCGACCUCAGCGCGUGCAUUCCCUAUAGGUGGAGGGAGCCAACACAUCAAGAGCGUGUUCAGGCUGAUGACAUGUUGGCGCGUCAAGACCGUGGGACUCUUGCCCCCAAAGACCAUGCAGUUCGCAACUAUGAUGCCUUGGAUGAGCUAUUGCACAGGUUGUAUAAUGACAAGGAUUAUGAGUACACAAGCAAGGGAAAAAUCAAGCGAACGCGCAAGCAUGCAGGCGGUGAAAAAACUAUUGAGGCGGGCAGUCAGAACAAACGUAGACGCCGGUCCUCGUCCUCCGCGCUUUGA